AUGACGAUCUGUCUCAUAUUGCCGAUACCACACAUGUGUCCCUGUUCAGUCCUGAGUAAGAAUCCAAAAUGAAGAUGCUGCGUUCAUUUGGUUCAAUUUGGGAUCACCGUCUUCGAUCUUCCUUACUGGUCCAUGAACAAUCGUCAGAGCCUUAUGGAGUUGCACAGAGUCAGGAGACAAAAGUACUUGGUACUAUACCUUGGGAUGCCACGGACCUCGAGUACCUUGUAGGUUCUGGGCAACCAGCUACCCCUCACCAUAGAUCUCGCACUGUGAUGCUCCUGUUCUUUCAAGUACUGAUGGAACUGACACUAAGGUCAAGCCAGAACAGGGCCAGGUACAAGGUCAUGACAAGAUAUCAGCACAAAUGGCAAGUACAACAGAGGGCAAGGUACAGACACAAGUGCAAGGGUGAAUGCAGUAGCACUGGGCGAGUUGUGAUGGCAGUGUUUGGAUGUCGGGCCCGACAACAAUUUGACGUCUUUGCUGAUGAUGACUCAAAUGGUCUGAAGCAAGUCAAAAUGAUGAUGUCGCAUACAGGGUGA